AUUGUUCGAUAUGGUGGAAUACUACGAGAGCGCAACAGCGGUCACCAUCUGUGGACCACGGGCUUUCGGCGUGCGAGGUUGGCAGGCUGUCUCCAGGAUGAUCAAAAAGAGCUGUCAACUAGCCGAGUUAGAAAUUACCAACCAUCCAUUGGAAGCGAAUCACGCACCUGUAAUAUCGAGGGCUCUUCACGCCUUCAGCUGCAAGCUGAGAGUGCUGUGUUUGCAGAGGACAUUGCUUGCUGGAGACCCGCUACUCUGUCUAGUGAUAGCUCUGAAGACGAACACCUCGAUCCGCGAGUUGCGCCUGGGGGACAACCAGCUGACUGCGUCUGACGCUGCUCAGCUGGCGCUGCUGUUGCGCUACAACACGAGGCUUCAGCUAUUGGACCUCUCAAAUAAUCAGAUACAGGACGCAGGCGCAGGUCACAUCGCAGAGGCGCUGGCCGAUCAAGCGACGCAAACGCCACCCUCGGCGACCAAUUCACCCAUGUCGCCACACCAGUGUCCUUUGAGUGGGUACGAAUCACGUGGAUUGGCGUUCUUGGUGUUAUGGAACAACCAGCUUACGAGGAACUGUGCCCACCAUCUUAGCAAAGCUCUGACGUCGAAGUCGCUGUGCGUGCUGAACGUGGGCCGCAACGCGCUGGGCGGCGAAGCGUUGCGGGCGCUGGGCGCGUGCGGCGCGCUGGUUUCGCUGGGGCUGCAGGCGGCGCGGCUGGGGCCCACGGCCGCCCGGGCUCUGGCCGACCUGGUCGCCGCCGACCACAAGCUGCAGAGGCUGGACUUGCGCGACAACAAGCUCGGCGAGCAGGGGCUGCAAGCAAUACUACAAGCGCUUAGCAAGAACACCUCGCUCACGCAAAUCGAUCUAGAUGAGCCUACAGACACAUCCAACUUGUCCGCCGAAGACGGAGAGGCGGUCGUCGUGGCGCGGCUGACUCGGGAAAUCAGGGCGUUGUGCCGCAAGAACGAGCCCACAGCGACGUCACCGGAACGCAGAGUGCACAGGAAAAUCAGCCUUACGUGCCAUAGUACUUGUAUACCCAGGGUAAGCGAAUGCUGUUACUGCGAAUCUCAAACAAACUGAAGUUUAAAUAGUGCAUUGUGUAUUAAUAAUGAUAAAUAAAGAAUUAGGAACUAGACUCUAUUAGAAGCCUGAAGUCGAACACUGAG